AGUCAACGAAACCCUAGCGGGUCUCACCGACACUGCAUCACGUAAAAGCCGAGCAGUCGGUGCCCGCCACUUGUGAGGUCUUAUCAGAAAGAGGAACCCUCCAUUGAAAGGUUUUUGUUGUUUUUUUAACGAAAAAAUGUCAAACUUAAAAAAAUUUGACAAGAUUCUGUCAAUUCGCAUGUGGUAGGCUCAUAGCGAGCGGCCUUCACAAUGAGGCUCCACUGUGGAGGAAUUCUCACAAUCCUGGCCUUACUCUCCACUGUUGGAGCUCAACAGUGGUCUAUCGCAAACAUCACAACAUGCGGGCUCUCUUGUCUUCUAGUAACAGUGCCAGAGGCUAAUUGUUCAUUGGCGGAUACAAGUUGCCAAUGCAAAAGUACAAUUCUCCCAGCAUUAACUUCGGCAUGUCUGCUAGAAAAUUGUACAAUGCACGACCAGUUCAUUGUUGCGAAAGUGCAAGCUGCCACUUGCGAUCUGCCGCAUCCGAAUCGCUCUGCUGAGCUUCUUUCUAUCGCUGUUACUUUAUUUGCCAUAACAUUUGUCUUCAUCACACUGCGGUUGAUAUCAAGGAUGUGGGUGUCUAGCACAAUUGGAAUCGAUGACUGGAUCGUUGCUCUGGCUUUGCUCCUAUCUGUCCCAUCGACUGCCUUCACGAUUUCUAUGGCAAAUGAAGGCUUUGGGAAACAUAUUUGGGAUCUUGCGGAUGGCGGUCUAUUGGAUAUUCUUAGGAGCCUGUACAUAGCUGAAAGUUUCUAUGUGGUAACCCUCGCCUCAACAAAGAUCUCCGUACUACUGCUCUACCUUCGCAUCUUCCCACAUGAGUCAUUUCGGUAUGCCGCAUCUGCGACAAUUGGGAUGAUUGCUCUGAGCACAAUCAUCAUAUUUUUCAUGACGGUCUUCUCUUGUCAUCCUGUUGCUUUCUUUUGGAACAAGGACAUUCGGGGAGGGACAUGCAUUAACGUCAACAAACUGGCAUACGCAAACAGUGCUAUGAGCAUUAUCCAGGACCUUCUCAUUGUCGCUCUUCCACUACCAGUGCUGGUGAAGCUGAAUAUGGGAAGGAAGAAAAAGAUUGGAGUCGGCUUCAUGUUUACCGUUGGAAGUUUUGGCUGUGUGGUAUCCAUGAUCCGCCUCAAGUCCUUGCUCUCCUUUGGGAAUUCACUAGACCCAUCCUGGGACUAUGUCAACGUUGUCAUAUGGACUAUUGCCGAGCUCGCCGUUGCCAUGGUCUGCUCAUGCUUUCCUGCGAUGCGAAACCUCCUCAUACGCAUCUACCCUCGAGCGUUCCUCUCUUCGAUUCGCCAUACCAACGACAAAACCCCAGUAUCAAUACCACAGAAUUCAAACACAGGACUCAGACGUGCAAACCCUGGGCAAGAGGGCUUUGUUGAGCUUCAGCAGAUGAAUGAAUCACAACUUUCAGACACGCCGCCGGAGGUCCCACCGAAAGAACCCUCGACGGUAUACACUACAAAUGAACGACGGCAUUGGCCUGGGAGCUCGGGUUCGGUGUAAUGUAUUUGUAUCUAUGGUGUGUAAUCGAGAGAGUAAAUAAUUCAAAAUAGAAGCACCUCCCCAGGACUAGUGCAAUGCCUUCAUCUCAUUGACAGGCCCUACCCUCCCCUAGCAUCUUGAGACAGACCCUGAUAGCGAGAGACAGAUUUAUUGAAUCCAGCAAUUUCCAUCUGAGACUGCCUAUUCCCGUUUGGAAAUGUCGGUGGGAGACAGAAGUGUUGGAUUGGGGAUAGAUAACGUACCCAUCUCAGCCCUUAUCCCGCGAUUGCGUGAGUUCCAGUCA